CCUUCUGUUUUCCCUCCCUUGUUCCAUGGAAUACAAAAAUGCCUUUUAAUUUCCACUCUGCUAUGCCUACCGCGCCAAAUAGCCCACACAGGCUCUCUCUCUCUCUCUCUCCCUCCCCCUUCCUCUGUUUCAAUUUUCUGUUUUUAAACUUGAUUACUGAUUGAUCAGUAAAACGAUAUUGCGGUUCGGCUAUAAAAUGGGUUCAAGAGCUGCGAAACGACGGCGUAAAGGAGCUCCGAAGGGGGCAACUGAGGCGACGCAGUCCCAGAAUAAUGAUUCUGCUAGCUGUACUUUGAAAGCCCUUCUCUCCGCCAUCAAUUCUCCCCAGGGUAUGACUAAAGCCGUCCUCAAAAGAUUGUAUUUUCUGCUUAAUCAUUUGUGCCAAAACCAGCAAUGCAGAUCAAGUAAUGGACUUAAAUCAAGUAUAUUGAGUGUGGAAAUUAGUAAAGUGAGAACUGAAGAUAUUAAAAGGCUCUCAGAUGUAUUAUUCAAAGAACUAUCUCAGAGGUUUGAUCAGUUCUUCUCUGCAUUACCUAAUCUUUCAAACAAUGACGCUGGAGAUGGUAACUCUGCCUCGGUUAUGGCUGAAGCUGCUGAAAUAGUAAAUUGGCUGUUGAGGUGCUGUUUGGUUCUUUUGAUCUUGCUGCAGGACCAGCAAAGUCUACUUCUGGAAAAGGCCCAUGUUCUUUUGCAAGUACGUCGAAGUUUGUGUUCCUUAAACUUAAAUGUGAAAAAUGAGAGAAGAGGAUUUAGGUUUGAGAAAUCUGUUUCUCGUGCUUGUGAAUAUGGUGAAAAUGACUGCACAACCUCAACUGAGGAUUUCAUGGCUUCCUUGCAUUUCCUAGAGCCAUCUGAUUCUCGCCUUCCUUUGUUGUCAGCAAUGCUUGAGGUAAUCUUGGACGAAGUUUUGGUUCAUGAACAGUUAGGACCUUUAUUUGAGAUAAUUGACCGUUUUGCUACUGCUACUGGAAUGCUACACAUGUCACAUUCUGGUCAGGGUGAUAAUGAUAAUGGACCACUGAUCGAAAUCAUAUGCACUCACUUCUCUAUCGCAUUUUUGGAAAAGAAUGCUGUUGAAGAUUUCCUUGACAGAUUAUUUUGGACAUACACAGAAAGGUUCAGUUGUUCCUCCAGACCAAAGGAAUUAAGUACAAGUGCAGCAAUAAUGUUGCUUCUCAAUCCGAUCCUUCUUUUUGCACCAAAAGUUAUGCAGGCUCAUAUUCUUGCUUUGGUUUCUGAAGCCACAGUUAAUGUUGUAGACUUCAAAGAUUGGAAGCCAAAUUUUAUGGUGAUAAACUGCUCCCUCACUGUAUUUGAAAAGUCAGUUGCUUUGUACAUUAAAUACAUCUCCAGUUCACGAUUUUAUAGCAAUCUGGCAAGCUCCAAAGGUUCUGAGAAAUCAAAUGUGGACAUGAAUACUAUUCAGCAAUCAUUUGAGUCUUUUGUAUUCCCAAACAUGACAGAGAAAAUUAAUCAUCUCAUCACGAAGUCAGAUGGUUUUCCUGAGUCUCACUUUGGCAACAUGUCCUGUAAAAUGAAAUCUGAUUUGGUAAGUUGCUCAAUCAAAUAUGUAAAGGAGUGUCAACAUGUUUUUGACAUGUCAUGCCAAGAUGAGAUUUUAUCAAUCUUAAGUUGUAUUAUCCUAAGAGCUUCUGAUGGCUUCUGUGAUCCUAUUGGAGUUGGUGAUCUGGAAGAUUUCUGUGUUCUUUCUUCUAUUCUGAAAUUGAUGAGUAAUGCCUUGUUGCAAGUUAUUGGGUGUCUUAGACAUUGUGGUGACUCAAAUUGUACAAAAUCGUUGAAGGAUUUCUCUUCAUCUAAGGAGUACGAGUAUAUUUCAAGUAUAAUCAGCUGCUUCACAGAAUUUAGUAUACAUCUUCCAAUCCAACAAAUCCUUUGCAAACUGAUGGAGACAAAAUGUACAUGGCAUUCAAGUUCCAAAAUGAUGUUCUUGCAUUUUUCAGGCUUGCUGUCCUUGGCGUUCUCUACUGGGCUUGACUUCUUAGUGAAGGGCUGUCUUCUGACUAUUAUGUCGUUGAUGAACCUGUUUGCAUUUGAAGAGGGUAUCUUGGAUGUAUUGUACUCAGCUCUUUGUUCUAGUUCAGAAUCCUUUCAGUCUGACCUGCAGCAAGUCAAUAUCCAAGAGGCUGUAUUGAACCAAAGUUCUAGCUUGGUGGUUGCUUCAAAGUUCCAGAAGAUAAGGACUCUGUACUCGAGUACGCCUUCCCCGGCAAAUCACUUGACAGGAUCAGGUGAUGGAUAUUGUGAUACUGGACGAAAUGGAUUAGUUCUUGGUACCAUGGAAGGUGAUGUAGGCACUGAAGAGGAGACUGAAGAAUCGAGAAAUGGGGAGCUGUAUCUUAGAUGUGUGAUAAAGAACAGUCAGAUGGUUUCUGAUUUUGAUGAACUGGCUGACUUUAUCGAGUGUAAGAAUGGAAAGGACUACUCCAGUUGGUUAAAGGAUAGAGAACAAUAUCGAAAGUGGAAAGGCGAGAAGAUGGCAGUUUUGAGGUGGAAGAGAAAGAAAAAAACUUGGAGAGUUAUGAAGAGCAAAAGAAUCUGAGUUUAUCUGCUGGCAAUUGCUCAAGGUAGAAUAGUAAAAGCUGUUUAUAGAUUGGGUGAUUGUUCAUAUUCCUAACAAUUUCUUGGAGAAUCUUUUCUUGGACUUUGGAGAGGGAACUGGUACACUAGUCUGAGCAAUAAGUGCCGUAUUAUGAGACAAUGUACAUAGUCUAGUAUGGAACAUUUUGACAGAAUCCGUUGGCUGCUAUGCAGUUCCUAAGUUUGGUAUCCAUUUGUUGCCUGUUCUCCUUAAAAUUCUGCCCUUUUCUGCUAUGCAUUUUUGUAGCUGAUGAAAAUAACACCUGUUCGUGGUAGGUGCUUUUAAAUGGUCAUUCAUCUGCUUGCACCUUGCUGCA